GCCGCCGCCGCGGGACCCGAGCUGAUCGGACCGGACCCCGCCUCCCGAGGCCACCCGGGGCCCCGCAGCCGCCCGCAGAGGCGCCAAGCAACUUCGGUUGGUCAGCACGUUGACACAAGUUGCCUUUUGACGUAGCUGCCGCCAUGGCCAGCUGGUAGGACCAGCAUCCCAUGCACAGAAGCCAGUUCAGAAUGACUGAAGAAGCAUGCCGAACACGGAGUCAAAAACGAGCGCUUGAGCGGGACCCAGCGGAGGAUGAUGUGGAAAGCAAGAAAAUAAAAAUGGAGAGAGGAUUGUUGUCUUCAGAUUUAAACACUGACGGAGAAAUGAGAGUGACGCCUGAGCCAGGAGCAGGCCCAGCCCAAGGGUUGCUGAGGGGGGCAGAGGUGAUGACCAUGGGCAGAUGCGAAGGGCAGGCGGGUGACGGGCCCGUGGACAUGCGUACCUCAUACAGUGAUAUGAAGUCUGAGAGGAGAGCCCCCUCUCCUGAUGUGAUUGUGCUCUCUGACAAUGAGCAGCCUGCAAGCCCAAAGGUGAACGGGCUGACGAAGGAGGCUUUGAAGGAGACCAGUACCGAGGCCCUCAUGAAAAGCAGUCCUGAAGAACGAGAAAGGAUGAUUAAGCAACUGAAAGAAGAGUUGAGAUUAGAAGAAGCAAAACUUGUUUUACUAAAAAAGUUGCGGCAGAGUCAAAUACAAAAGGAAACUACCACACAGAAGCCCGCAGGCUCUGCUGGGAGUGCUGUGACCACCCCUCCCCCGCUUGUGCGGGGCACCCAGAACAUUCCUUCUGGCAAGCCAUCCCUUCAGACCUCUUCAACAAGAAUGCCUGGCAGUGUCAUCCCACCACCCCUGGUUCGCGGCGGGCAGCAGGUGUCCUCGAAGUUGGGGCCACAGGCGAGCUCGCAGGUCGUCAUGCCCCCACUCGUCAGGGGGGCUCAGCAAAUCCACAACAUCAGACAACAUUCCAGCACGGGGCCACCGCCACUCCUCUUGGCCCCCCGGGCAUCUGUGCCCAGUGUGCAAAUUCAGGGACAGAGGAUCAUCCAACAGGGCCUCAUCCGCGUCGCCAACGUCCCCAACACCAGUCUGCUUGUCAACAUCCCACAGCCUUCCCCAGCGUCGCUGAAAGGGACGACAGCCACCUCUGCUCAGGCCAACUCCACCCCCACCAGCGUGGCCUCUGUGGUCACCUCUGCCGAUUCUCCAGCCAGCCGUCAGGCAGCUGCCAAGCUUGCACUGCGCAAACAGCUGGAGAAGACGCUGCUUGAAAUCCCCCCUCCCAAGCCCCCUGCCCCGGAGAUGAACUUCCUGCCCAGUGCUGCCAACAACGAAUUCAUCUACCUGGUCGGCCUGGAGGAAGUGGUCCAGAACCUGCUAGAGACCCAAGCAGGCAGGAUGUCAGCCGCUGCUGUUCUGUCCCGGGAGCCCUACAUGUGUGCGCAGUGCAAGACGGACUUCACGUGCCGUUGGCGGGAAGAGAAGGGUGGUGCCAUCAUGUGUGAGAACUGCAUGGCAUCCAAUCAGAAGAAGGCACUCAAGGUGGAGCACACAAGCCGGCUGAAGGCUGCUUUUGUGAAGGCUCUGCAGCAGGAGCAGGAGAUUGAGCAGCGCCUCCUGCAACAGGGUGCCGCCCCCACACAGGCCAAGGCUGAGCCUGCCACCGCCCCACACCCCGCACUAAAGCAGGUCAUAAAACCCCGGCGUAAGUUGGCGUUCCGCUCAGGAGAGGCCCGCGACUGGAGUAACGGGGCUGUGCUACAGGCCUCCAGCCAGCUGUCCCGGGGCUCGGCCACAACGCCCCGUGGUGUCCUGCACACGUUCAGCCAGUCACCCAAACUGCAGAACGCAGCCUCGGCCACAGCCCUUGUCAGCAGGACCGGCAGACAUUCCGAGAGAGCUGUGAGUGCAGGCAAGGGCAAUGCCACCACCAACUGGAAGAAGGCACCCCUGAGUACAGGUGGGGCCCUUGCGUUUGUCAGCCCGAGCUUGGCAGUGCACAAGACCUCCUCAGCUGUGGACCGCCAGCGGGAGUACCUCCUGGACAUGAUCCCGCCACGCUCCAUCCCCCAGUCAGCCACGUGGAAAUAGUGCGAGCCGGGCCCAGUGGAGAACAGGCUCCCUCCUCCCUCCCACCUGGCCCUGCCACCUUCCACUCGGGAAGACCUCAUACUCUCUGAGAAAACGAGUGAGCGAGCGCCGGCCGCGCUACAGAAGCAAGGGCUCCAUUCUUGGCUGCAAAGUCUCAUCGCAGCUGAGGGGCUGCUUCACAGGUGGACGAGGAAUAUCACUGAGGGACCUUUCCCUUGGGCUUUUUUCCUUUCUUUGCCUUUAGUUUGCCCAACACCAGCAGAAAAGUGGACCUCGGGGGCUGGUUCUGCUUCCGGCCCUUCCUUUCCGCGCCACCCCCUCCCCCCGGCAGGGUGCAUGGACGGCUCACCCUGGACACUGUGACACGCUCGACGAGACCGGCGCCCGGGGCUUCUGAAGUCGAGCGGAGCGUUCUGUUUUGUUUUUGCUUUUCCCUAUCUUAGCCUCCCAAUCUUUGACUGCCUUCCUUCAUGGCAAUCUUUAGGUUGACAGAUUUUUUUUUUAAUCACCUCAUGAUGAUGGAGUUUAAAGUAAACCGUGCAGAUCCAGGGGUCCCUGCCGAGCACGGCCCCCAUACCCCAGAGGGUGGGCCACUGACUGCCCAGCCCUCACUCUAGCGGAAGGCCUCUGCUGCUGCUCAUCACGGAGACCCCAGACCUCCCACACGUAGCAGAAGAACAAACUGCAACCCAGACCCCAGCCAGAGAGCCUGGGAUCCCAGAAGCCGCACACCGCCAGUAGAGGAGGGAGGAGAGAAUUGGCAGCAACAUCCAGAGCCUGAGUGGGAAAUUGGAGGGGCGGGCUACUGUGUUUUUUGUUGUUGUGGUUUUAUUUUAUUAAAUUUUUCCUUUUCUUUUCCUACUUAUUUUGAUGGACACCAUCCUAAGCUGCCCUGGCCUAUGCUCCUGUCAGGUGUGUCUGGUGGGGAGGUGCCCCUGCCCCUCCAAGAAUUCAGGGUUUCCGUUUGGGUCUAGUUUAGAACCUUCCCUUAAAACAGGGCCAUGUUGCCAGGGUUCGCCUUCAGACUGUUUUGUUUUGUUUGGUUUUUUUUUUUUUUUUUUUUUUUAACCCUCUUUCGAGUCUACAGAAAUAUGUCUUAUACAAAGGAUCAGGUCUGCUCUUAGUUGUGUUUCAUUUUGGUUUCUCCCACUCCUUAAAAAUCGGUUCCAUGAGGAUAGGCAGAAGCUGUUGUGAAUGUGCUGUGCAUGGGGCUGUCUCCGUGCAGGUGCAAGGGCGUCCUGUGUGCACGCACACAUGUUUAUCGUCGUGGAGAUGGGGUACGCUGCUCCCCACUUCAGCCCCAGCCCUAGUUUUCCUAUCCAUGCAGUUAGGGACUUAAUUUAAAAUCCUUAUUUUGUAGGGCCGCCUUCUUCAAAACACACUGCUACAACAUUCUAAUAAAGGCUCAUUUAACCCCCUCUCUCAUGUGUGAAUAUCCAUGUUUAGCAACAUUUUGACCCGCGGUAGAAGACCUAGGUUUGCAACAUUCUAAUGUUUUGUUAUGUAAAACCCUAUAUUUCUCAUUGAUUUUUGUUUGGAGUGCAUAACUCAGAUGGGCUGAAGGAGGGGAGGGCAAGGAAGGGUGGCUUUCAUUCCAAGAUCCAGGGAUUUGGGGGAAAGGAGGGAAAUUGACAUGGGGGGGUGUUUUUACACCAAAAAAAUCAAGAGUAUGCAAGCAUUUCUAUUUCUCACAUUUUUCUGUGUGCCUGGCAAAUAAAUACUUGUCUUAUA